CUCCUCAUAUAUAUUUCAGCGUUUACAACCCUAAACCCGCCUCUUUCACUUUGCAUUUGCUGUUGGAAGCUCCGAAGCUCUGAUCGGAGAGCCCCAGCAGAAAAAUGGCUAGAGGAUUGAAGAAACAUCUGAAGAGGCUCAAUGCCCCAAAGCAUUGGAUGCUUGACAAGCUUGGGGGUGCAUUUGCACCUAAACCAUCUUCUGGACCCCACAAAGCCCGGGAGUGCUUGCCAUUGAUCCUCAUUCUGCGAAACCGGUUAAAAUAUGCUCUUACAUACCGUGAAGUUAUUGCUAUUUUAAUGCAAAGGCAUGUUUUGGUUGAUGGAAAAGUUAGGACAGACAAGACAUAUCCAGCUGGUUUCAUGGAUGUUGUGUCAAUUCCCAAGACAAAUGAGAAUUUUCGACUUCUGUAUGAUACAAAGGGUCGUUUCCGCCUCCAUUCUAUCAAGGAUGAAGAGGCAAAGUUCAAGCUCUGCAAAGUUCGAUCAGUGCAAUUUGGAGACAAGGGAAUUCCCUACCUGAACACAUAUGAUGGUCGUACAAUCCGCUAUCCAGACCCCCUCAUCAGGGCUAAUGACACCAUCAAGAUUGACCUUGAGGCCAACAAGAUAACAGAUUUCAUUAAGUUCGAUGUCGGAAAUGUUGUUAUGGUGACAGGUGGAAGAAACAGGGGGCGUGUUGGAAUCAUCAAGAACAGGGAGAAGCACAAGGGAAGCUUCGAGACUAUUCAUAUUCAGGAUGCAACAGGCCAUGAGUUUGCUACUCGUCUAGGGAAUGUUUUCACCAUUGGCAAGGGGACAAAGCCAUGGGUGUCUCUUCCCAAGGGCAAGGGUAUUAAGCUUUCCAUUAUUGAGGAAGCAAGAAAGCGCAUUGCGGCAGCAGCAGCCUCGACCGCCUAAAUCAUUUAAUGUAGUAGGUUGGCAUCAGUGACUCUUUUUCUUUUAGAUCUUUAGUUUUGUUCUUUUUAAUAUCAAUAUCAUAUCUGUAGUUUUUGUUCUGUUGCUGAGGAUAGAUUUUUAUGUGGGGACCUGGUUUUUGCAUGGCUGGGAUUUGGGGUUCAAAAUUUUGUAGUUUCACAUUCGAUUUUUGAGAGCUUAAAUAAUUUUCCUUGCUAUACUCUCUUGAAGGUAUUAUGAGGAGAAUUUUGCCUUUAGAUCCU